AAAAAUUUCAACACUUGUCGGCGACUCAGAGAAUCUAACCGGAAACCUAAACUCUUUACCUCUGAAUCCACGCCGUGUUUUUUCGAUUUUCAAUUUCUCGAUUCGAUUGAAGAUGGAAGGAGGUGGAGGAAGUAGCGGCGGCGCGACGGCGGGAGCUGGAGGAGUGGUGCCGGAAUCAGCGAUUGAAGCGGUGAAUCAAACACUUGCGUACCUCAAGGAACUGAAACCACAGCUUGAGCAGAUGCUGACUUUAGCUGAGCCAGAGGUUCUUGCUGCAAUGCAGCCAUUGCAGCGAGCUAAGACUAUGUAUUUGCUAGCUGGAGCCACCACUACUCUUUACGAACUGAGGUUGAGGUGUACUGGAGUUGAUCCUGAUGAUCAUCGUGUGAAAUCUGAAAUUGAGCGGAUAAAUGUGUACAGAGAGAAGUUUCAGAAGUGCUUGGAUCAAAGUAAAGAACCAUUGCGCCCGACUACUGUCUUAAACCGUCAGGCAGCAACCCGCUUCAUCGAACAUUCUCUACCUGAUCUUACAUCGACCCAAAAGCAAAACAUUAGAGACCUCAGUAGAGGAGAGAAAUCAAGGUUCAGGAGUUCGGAAACAACUGCGAGAAAGAGGAAAUACCAAUCAACUGUUCAAUCAGCCGCGAAGGACUUUCUUGAAAAGGCAGCUCGUGAGAUUAUCGGUAACAAUGAAAAUGGUUUGAAGGGACCUUUAAUGGCGGCAGCUGAUGGUUCAGAUGAUGUUGAAGUUGGUACAGGCUGAUUUACUACCAAUAUAUCAUGCUGCUGCUACAUUUUCUGGAUCGUAGUUGUGGCAUUCGUCAUUGUCGCCAUUGCAGAGAAGUUGGUUUUGUCAACUCAUCUUUGAUAGCGUUUAAAAUUUUUUGGACCUAGUUAGUGUUGUGGUGUAUGCUGUUUGUACAUUGCAUUAUGUUAGCAACUGUUUUCGGAA